UAUUAAAACCAACUCAUCAAUAUUACCAAUUCCACAAAUUACACAAACCUUCUCUGUUUCUAUGGAUACUACUACUAGUUUGAGAGUUUUGAUGUUUCCAUGGUUGGCUCAUGGACAUAUCUCUCCUUACUUAACUGUCUCUAAAAAACUUGCUGAUCGCGGAUUUGAUAUCUUACUUUGUUCUACGCCGGUUAAUCUCAAUCUUAUUAAGAAAAGGAUUCCGAAAAAGUACUCUGUUUCGAUUCAGCUUGUUGAACUCUGUCUACCGGAAUUGCCUGAUCUUCCUCCAGAAUAUCAUACAACAAAUGGACUUCCACCUCAUCUCAACUCGACUCUCAAAAAGGCUGUCAAAAUGUCCAAACCUGGAUUUUCAAAAAUCUUACGAGAUUUGAAACCUGAUUUGGUAAUCCAUGAUGUAUUGCAAGUAUGGGCAAAGGAAAUUGCAAAUUCAUAUAAUAUUCCAGCAAUUACACUUGUAACUUUUGGUGGAGCUGUUCUUUCUUACUUUAUGCAUCCAAUGAGAAAGCCAGGGAUUGAGUUCCCUUUCCCAGCUAUUUAUCUGACGAAAAUCGAGCAAAAACGAAUGCGAGAAAUGAUGGAACAAGUUGGUAAAGAUAAGGAUCCUGAUGAUGGUGAUCCUUUCGCUGAAGAUCCUACGCAAGUUAUAUUGUUGAUGAGUACUUCAUUGUCAAUUGAGUCCAAAUACAUUGAUUACCUGAAUGAAUUGACCCAAGCAAAAUACGUUCCAGUUGGUCCUCCAAUCCAAGAACCUAUGAAUGAGGAUGAUGGGGAUAUCGAACUUAUUGAUUGGCUAGGAAAGAAAGAAGAACAUUCAACUGUAUUUGUCUCCUUUGGAAGCGAGUAUUUCUUGACCAAGGAAGACAUGAAAGAGAUAGCUUAUGGAUUGGAACAUAGCAAUGUUAAUUUCAUAUGGGUUGUAAGGUUUCCGAAGGGGGAAGAAGUCAAUCUUGAAGAAGCACUACCAACAGGUUUUCUUGAAAGAAUUGAAAACAGGGGAAGGGUUGUUAAUGGAUGGGCACCACAACCAAGAAUUUUAAGCCAUCCAAGCACAGGAGGAUUCGUAAGUCAUUGUGGUUGGAAUUCGGUAAUGGAAAGCAUAGAUUUUGGUGUGCCAAUAAUAGCCAUGCCUAUGCACAUUGAUCAGCCAAUAAAUGCAAGAUGGAUGGUGGAAAUUGGAGUAGCUGUAGAGAUUGUUAGAGAUGAAGAAGGGAAGGUUCACAGAGAAGAGGUGGCACAAGUAAUCACAAGUGUGAUUUGUGAGAAAACAGGGGGAAAUUUAAGGGAGAAAGUUAAGGAAAUAAGUGAAAAAUUGAAGUCCAUAAGAGAAGAAGAAAUGGAUGCAGCCGUUGAAGUGCUAUUACAACAAUGCAAAAACAGCAAGUUCAUUGAUUUUUCUAGCUAGUAUAAAAAAUUGGAUUAGUAAAUUACUCUCUUGUUCUUUCUUAUUUGUCUUAAUUUUCUUUUUCACAAUCAAAUGAUAUGAAUUUUAAUCAA